ACUUUGAGCUUUGGAAUGGGAUUUUUGUUCACUCUCUCCUUAUAUUAGCAGCUUCAGCUUCUCUCAGGAACACUGGCCAGUGUACUGGAAUCCAGAAGCGAGGAAAAAAMCGUGAGACUUCUUAGAGCACGGAUAUUUUUACACUGUCUGUCUGCGUUCUGAUAAAGGAGAGGAAUGGUCUGUAACAGAAACUGCGGGCUCCUCACCGGGGCCAUCAUCGGAGCUGUGCUGGCUAUCUUUGGAGGAAUUCUGAUACCAGUCGGAGAUAACAUUAUAAGCAAGGCAAUAAAAAAGGAAACUGUCAUUGCAAAUGGUACCAUCGCUUUUGAAAAUUGGCUUGUGCCAGGAAGUACAGUUUACAGGCAAUUUUGGAUCUUUCAUGUUCAAAAUCCCUCAGAAGUAUUAGACAAUGGAACAGCUCCUAAACUAGAACAAAGAGGACCAUACACAUAUAGGGUGCGCUAUUUACCCAAAGAAAAUAUCACUGAAAAUCCUGAUGGCACAAUAUCCUACAUGUUGCCUAAUGUUGCUCGUUUUGAACCUGAUAUGUCUGUUGGGACAGAAAAUGAUACUGUUACGUGCCUCAACCUUGCUGUUGUUGCUGCACCAGCUCUGUACACAAACAAUUUCAUACAACUGCUAUUAAACACUUGGAUUAAAGCUUCUAAGUCAUCCAUGCUGCAGAAUAGAACAGUGAAAGAAAUAUUGUGGGGUUACAAAGACCCUUUCUUGAACAAAGUCCCCUUCCCCUUGGACCCAGUCCUGGGAGUUUUCUAUCCGUAUAAUGGCACAUCUGAUGGAAUUUAUAGAGUUUUUACUGGGAAAGAUGACAUAAGCAAAACAGCAAUCAUUGAAACUUAUAAGAACAAAAGGAAUCUUUCAUACUGGGAAGGUCACUGUGACUUGGUUAAUGGCACAGAUGGUGCAUCAUUCCCGCCGUUCGUUAAGAAGGAUCAGGUACUGCGCUUCUUCUCCUCUGAUAUUUGCAGAUCGAUCUACGGAGUUUUCCAUAGCAAGCAGAAUGUGAAGGGGAUCCCUCUCUACCGUUUCACAGUUCCCCGUGAAGCAUUUGCAUCACCUACUGAAGUUGCAGAUAAUUAUUGCUUCUGCACAGAACAGGUCAUUUCAAAGAACUGCACAUUAGCUGGAGUCCUAGACAUCAGCGCCUGCAAAGCAGGACGACCAGUGUAUAUUUCUCUUCCACAUUUUCUUCACGCAAGUGAUGAAAUAUUGCAUGCUGUUGAAGGCCUGAACCCAAAUGAAGAGGAGCAUGAUACAUUUUUAGACAUAGAUCCUAUCACUGGUUUUACAUUACGAUUUGCCAAAAGGCUGCAAGUAAACCUCCUGGUAAAGCCUGCACCAAAAAUAGAAGCUUUAUCAAAAGUUAAGCAACCUUAUAUUUUUCCUCUUCUUUGGCUAAAUGAGUCUGCUGUUAUUGGGGAUGAAAAAGCAGAAAUGUUCAGAGGGAGAGUCACCAAUCGGAUCCAGAUGCUGAGUAUACUGCAGAUAGCGUUAAUCAUCGCAGGUUCUGUGCUGUUCCUUUCUUUCAUGGUUUCCUAUUUCAUCUGCAGAUCAAAGAAAUUGAAAUAAGUAA